CACAAUAGAGAGCCCAAAAACGGGUUCACUUCAUAUGGACAUUCAUGCCCGUUGUGACCAAUCUGAUCUUUGUCAAUUGGUGCAAAGGGUCGAUGCAGCGAUCGGCUGGAUAAACCGGGGGCUGACAUGUGUAACGUGGAGGGAUGCUUGGUCCAACAGACACGUGUGAUGUGAGAGAGAAUCUACUUUCCUAGAGAGCCCAAGGAAGGAUUUCCACAAUGGGUCAGCGCCUGAGCGAGGAGAGUGACCCAGACAAGGAAAUCGACGUGGCGGAGCUGCAGGAAUGGUACAAAAAAUUUGUCGUGGAGUGCCCGAGUGGAACUCUCUUCAUGCACGAGUUCAAGGGCUUCUUCGGCGUUGCCGAUAACAAGGAGGCCGCGGAUUACAUUGAAAACAUGUUUCGAGCCUUUGACAAGAACGGGGACAACACCAUCGAUUUCCUGGAGUACGUGGCAGCCUUGAACUUAGUCCUGAGGGGUAAACUGGAACAUAAACUGAAAUGGACAUUCAAAAUGUACGAUAAGGACGGAAGCGGAUGCAUCGAUAAAACAGAGCUACUUGAAAUCGUGGAGUCUAUUUAUCGACUGAAGAAAGCCUGCCACGGAGACCUGAAUGAAGAAUGCCAUCUGCUGACCCCGGACCAAGUGGUUGACCGAAUAUUUGAGUUGGUUGAUGAAAAUGGAGACGGGGAGCUCUCGUUGGACGAGUUCAUCGAUGGAGCACGGAGGGACAAGUGGGUGAUGAAGAUGCUGCAGAUGGACGUCAACCCCGGGGACUGGAUGAACGAGCGGAGUCGCAGCUCGGACUUCUGACGAGUGGCCUGUCGAAGUAUCACGAGUCAUUCAAUGUGGGACCAGUCGUGUUGCUACUUCUCUAUGUAUUACAAGCUGUGUAUUAAAGACGUCACCACAGCCGUGCUGGCAUUGUUCUGUAUGCAGUCAUUUGUGUUUAAGAAGGAGGUCUUUUGUGCAACCAUUUAGUUUUUAGUUUAAUUUAAUAAGUUUAAAGUCAGCACUUGUGCAAAAGUAGUUUGGAUCAUUUACUGAAAUCUAUGGUUUCGUUGGUCUGUUACUAUGUCUGUUUUUCUUUGGAUGCCGCAGAGAUAACAUGUUUACUGUAUUUAGUUUUGUCUCAUAAAAUGGGUAUAAUAUGAAUUUAAUAAACAUUACUGAGCCCCUACACCACCACAGAGAAGUGUUUUUUUCUAAUUUUGAAUGAUUCGAUCUGAUUUGGCAUUUUCCUCAUUCCGUCUUUGUUGCAUUUGAAUCCUCUGCGGUCAUUUCUACAUCAGAAUUCCAAAAAUGUCUGACUACAAUAGUAAAAAGCAUUACGGGUAUAGUGCAGAUGUAAUUUACAAAAAAGCUAAAAUAUUUUUAGAUAAAGAAAAGUGCAUCUAAAGGAUUCUGGCAGGCACGCAUGUAUUUAUUACAGUAAGCAUCACAUUUGUUUUAUUUCUUUUUCAAAUAGUAGGAACCUCUUUUGGAAAAU